AUGUCCAACAUCACGCACGCGACGUGUAACUACGGCCUCGCCCAGACGGAGGACGGCUGCGUGCGCACGCUGUCCUCGUAUAACCCGAACGCGUAUCUGCACGUGCAGAUUAUCUACAUCAGCCUUGGUAGUGUGACGACACUCGCCAGCGCAGUCAUGUACAUCCGGUCACUCAAGCACGAAGCGUCCAGGCUGCAGCAGUACAGCUUCCUCUUCUGCUGCUACGCGGCGUUGACAAUGGUCUUAACCGGCGCGGACCCCAAGAGCUAUGGACACGUCAUUCCUCGCCCCGUCAGCAGCUUCCUGUCGGACUCACUCACUGCCGCGCUCUACUCCGUGUACAUUCUGACUCUGGGGUACUGGGCCACAAUCAUCCAACAGGGCGCUGCCAUGGGCGAGCGACCAGCUCACCUCAUCUGCUUGGAGAGCAUCGCGAUGGCGGUGGUGUGGGCCUUUUACAUCAUCUACAACCUCGCUCUCUUCCUGUCCAAGGGGUUCAACCGCAAGGGGUUCACCUACCUGCAUCUGAUGUGGAGCGCCAUCAUGCUGGGCAUCAUCAGCACAGUCUUCCUCAUCUACGGCCUGCGCGUCCUCUCUCGCUUGCAGGCGUACGAGCGCGAGAAGAAGCUCCGCAUCCCGACGCUCAUGUCGGAGCGCAUGAUGAACCACUCGUUCAACAUGGGCAGUCUGAGCGACGACGAGGACGGCGUCCCUGUGGUGCAGGAGCCCAAGCUCGCCAACCGCGGCAAGCCGAAAGACGGUCAUUCGGCCAAGAUCCGCAGGAUCCUGUUCGUGACCGAGUCCGUGUCGCUCAUCGUCAUCGCUGCGCAGAUGUACAUGGCGGUCACUCACACCGCGAACGAGUCCGACGAGCUCCAGUGCGCCAACGGCAUCGGGUGCGCGUCCAUUAAGGCCAACCUCAGCUACCUCAACGUGCUGCAGGUGGUCUGCGUAUGGGUAAUAUUGUGGGCCUUCCGCACGAUCAAGAAGAAGGAGGUGGUGCCUCAGCCGCAGACGCACUACACCAUGGCUCGAAUGUGCGGCUGGGGAUGGCUUAUGAUGUCGACUACCCACGGUCUCAUCCCGGAGAUGAACAUCACGGACUCGACUUGCUGGUACGGGCUCGCUCAAACGAAAGACGGAUGCGUAAGAACGCUUGCGUCCUACGACCCGAGCAGCUACCACGCCUACCAGAUAGGGUACUGCGUCGUCGGCACUCGCUGCAACUUCACGUUCUGUUGCUACGCGUCGUUGACGCUGAUGAUUCGCGGCGUCGAUCCGUCCAGCUACGACCACGUUAUCCCUCGGCCCGUCAACUCUUUCCUGAGCGACUCGUGCACAGCCGCCCUCUACUCAUGCUAUGUUCUAGCAUUGGGCUGCUGGGCGCUCGUCAUCCAGCAGGGAGCUGGUGUGGUCACUAAGCCGACGCGCCUGAAGUGCUUGGAGAGUACCAUCAUCGUAUUCAUCUGGGCGUUCUACAUCGUCUACGACAUGCUGCUCUUCCUGUACAAAGGCUUCAACGCGACGGGUCUAGCGUAUCUGCAGUUGGCAGUGAGCGCUAUGGUGCUCGGGAUCAUCUGCACGGUCUUCCUCAUCUACGGACUCCGGGUGCUCUCACGCCCGCAAGACUUCGAGAUUCAAAAGAGGCAUCGGAUGCCGAGUACGCUAUCGGAGCGGAUGAUGCACCGCUCAUUCAACAUCGAAACCCUCAGUGACGACGCAGAUGGGGUACCGGUUGUCACUGAGCCGAAGUAUGGCCUUCUUUAUCCUGAGAGCGGACACGCCGGCAAGAUCAAGAAGAUUCUCUUCGUCGCCGUCAGUCUGUCGAUCAUCGUCAUCACUGGGCAAAUGUACAUGGCCGUUCAGCGCACUCUCACCGAACCCAAGGAGCUCUCGUGUGCCAACGGCAUCGGAUGUGCCGACGUCAAGUCGAGUCUCAACCUGCUCCACGUCCUGCAGGUUGUCUGCGUUUGGGCGGUUCUUUGGACAUUCCGAGAUAUCCCAAGAAAAGAUGUCCAGCUGCAACCCCUAUAA